GGGAGCGGCCCCAGAAAUGGCAAAAAGACAAAACAAACAAACAAACAAAACAGCACAGUUACCACGUGCCCGAAACCCGGGGCGCCCCUCUGAGGCCACCCCUUGGCGGGACGCCAGGGCGGAACCACGGGGGCGUGCCGGAACUACAGCCCCCAUGAGGCUCUGCGCGCGCAUGCUCUGUGGGGCCGCGGGGCGGGGCGGGCGUGGGCGUUCUAGAAGGCGGCGGCGAGGCCGCGGGCGCCAUGUUGGGGCCGAGGGGACCGCGGAGAGGCGCUUGAAGCGGCGGGAGCGGGUCGGACCUGGGCUGGUAGGAGCCCCGCCCCUCCCGCCUCAGCGGAUCAUGACCCGGGCGGCGGCCGCGGAGGUCACGGUGGCGGGGGACGUGGCGUGGCGGGGCCAGCGCUAGAGACGAUGCCGUUUCCGGUGACCACCCCGGGAUGCCAGCCGCCGCCGCCGCCGCCCAAGCGCUAUGGCAUCUCCUCCCCCAUCAGCCUGGCGCCCCCCCGGGAGACUGACUGCGUCCUUACCCAGAAGCUGAUUGAAACCCUGAAGCCCUUCGGGGUGUUUGAAGAGGAAGAGGAACUGCAGCGCAGGAUUUUAAUUUUGGAGAAAUUAAAUUAUCUGGUCAAGGAGUGGAUACGAGAACUCAGUGAAAGCAAGAGUCUUCCACAAGCUGUCAUUGAAAAUGUGGGAGGGAAGAUCUUCACGUUCGGGUCUUACAGAUUAGGGGUGCAUACGAAGGGCGCCGAUAUCGAUGCGUUAUGUGUCGCCCCGAGACAUGUCGAUCGAAGCGACUUUUUUACCUCCUUCUAUGAUAAGUUGAAACUCCAUGAAGAAGUAAAAGAUUUAAGGGCUGUUGAGGAGGCCUUUGUGCCAGUUAUCAAACUGUGUUUUGAUGGGAUAGAGAUUGAUAUUUUGUUUGCAAGGUUAGCACUGCAGACUAUUCCUGAAGAUUUGGACCUGAGAGAUGACAGUCUGCUUAAAAAUUUAGAUAUCAGAUGCAUAAGAAGUCUUAACGGUUGCCGGGUAACUGAUGAGAUUUUACAUCUAGUGCCAAACAUUGACAACUUCAGAUUAACUCUGAGGGCCGUCAAGUUGUGGGCCAAGUGCCACAACAUCUAUUCCAAUAUAUUAGGUUUCCUAGGAGGUGUCUCCUGGGCGAUGCUAGUAGCGAGAACUUGCCAGCUUUAUCCAAAUGCAAUAGCAUCAACUCUUGUACGUAAGUUCUUCUUGGUGUUUUCUGAAUGGGAAUGGCCAAAUCCAGUGCUGCUGAAAGAGCCCGAAGAACGGAAUCUUAAUUUGCCCGUGUGGGACCCGAGAGUAAACCCCAGUGAUAGGUAUCAUCUCAUGCCUAUAAUUACCCCCGCCUACCCACAGCAGAACUCCACAUACAAUGUGUCUGUUUCAACGAGGAUGGUCAUGAUUGAGGAGUUUAAACAAGGGCUCGCUAUCACACACGAGAUUUUGCUGAGUAAGGCGGAGUGGUCCAAACUUUUUGAAGCACCAAGCUUCUUUCAAAAGUACAAGCAUUAUAUUGCACUUCUAGCAAGUGCACCAACAGAAAAACAGCAUCUGGAAUGGGUGGGCUUGGUGGAAUCAAAAAUCCGAAUCCUGGUCGGAAGCCUGGAGAAGAAUGAAUUUAUUACACUGGCGCACGUGAAUCCUCAGUCCUUUCCAGCCCCCAGGGAAAGUCCUGACAAGGAAGAAUUUCGUACCAUGUGGGUGAUUGGGUUAGUGUUAAAAAGACCCGAGAACUCUGACAUUCUCAGUAUCGAUCUCACCUACGACAUCCAGUCCUUCACCGAUACAGUUUAUAGACAGGCAGUUAAUAGUAAGAUGUUUGAGAUGGACAUGAAAAUUGCGGCGAUGCACUUGAGAAGAAAGGAACUUCAUCAGCUGCUACCGAACCACGUGCUUCCGCAAAAGAAGACACCCUCGCCAGAAGGUGUCAGAUUGACAGCUUUGGGUGACGGCAGCCUCGGCUUGACUGCAGACAGUGAAGACAGCGUGUCUGUGUCUUCAUUUCCCGGCGCUGUGAAGACUGGCCCGGUGACUGGCAGCUCUCCAGGCAGAAGCAGUCCUGCCCUCGCUAUGAUGGCGGCACCUGUGAUCAGCGCUCAGGUUACUGAUGUUUCCUUGCAGCAGGCAAAUCCCAGUGAAAGCCCAGGGAGUGCGUCCAGCGAAAGCAUCCCUCACGCUGGCUCACUACCAGCCAUUCUACCACCGAAGCCUGUGGUCACCAGAGUCAUUUCCUCAACCCUUCUGGUGAAUCACCCCCCCAGGCCUUCCGGGAGCGCAGCAGCAAACAUAGCCAAUCCUAUAGUAGGGGUCUAGAGGAGCGGGUCGCGUCAUCCAGGAGCGAGGUCGGAGGGAAACAUUCUCACGAGGACAUACGUGGGACUCAGGAACCACUCAGACAGCAGCUUCUCUGUGGGCCUCCCCGGAGACACGAGUGCAGACCUCCAGUGUCCCUGCUCUUCCUGCAGAGGCUGUUCCUGUUACCAAGAAUCCAAUAAAACAGACUAAACUGAGACAACCUCAAGGGUCCAUAAGCGACACCUGCCAACUCAGCCUGUUGUCUUCAGAUGCUAAAGGAAGAGAACAAAGGGGGCCAAACUGGAUACGAUUCAAACUAGGUUGAUGAGGCUUGUUGGGUAACUGCUUCUGUUGGGCUAAUCCCGAUCAGAAGUCUAGGUUAGUGUGUAGAGCUUCUGGAAGUCCUGUUACGAGUGUGUCACGUUACUUAUGUGUCAGCCGGUUUACACUAACCAUUUCAAAGGACUUCUGCCCUUCAAAGAGGAGGAAAGGCAGAAAAAGCCCCUCUAGCUCUCUUGGUGCCCUGCAGACUGGAUUUAUGUUGGAUGCAUUGUUGGGAAAAGUUUGCAAUACAGACUGGUACCGAGAUUCCUUACACUGAUGAUGCACUUUAGGCAUAUUUUUAUUAGGCAGUAGAGCUAAUUUCGGAUUUUUCAGCUUGAUGAGUUGUAGUUUUUUUCCGAAAGGGCUUUAUUCUUUGUUCAUCUUCAGGUUGGUUACCAUUGUGCGCUGGUGUACCAUACUUCAGGAAAAGCAUAAAGUAUGUCUCGCUCAGUCCCUGCGAGGUACCCCUUUAAAAUGAAAUGUCAACUCUUAGGGUAUAUCAUUGGCAUUGAGGCAGUAAUUAGUGUUCAGUUUUGAUGGGAACUGAUCAAGAAAUGAUACACUGGUUUUAUCUCCAGAAUUGUUGCCGAGGGCAAACAGUCAGCGAUCAAACAGCAGACAGUGUCGACAUAGCUCCAUCUUCUCUCGUCCUUAAUCACUUGUCCUAAAGCAAAAAAAGCUUUUUGUCUCCCUCCCCCUCCUGCCCCCGUGUCCCCGCUGCCUUCUCUUUGCUUGUGCCCAGGGUUUGCUUGGCUUGGGUAUCGUUUCAUAAAGCACUCAGAAUGCUGGUAUUAACCAUGAUGCGACACCAACAGUCCUGUGGCCACGUGGCACAGAGCCUACAUUUUGGUUCCAUGGCUAAUAUUUUAGUGAAGUUUUACUACAAGUGAUUCCUGUGAAGCAUGUUAUCCAUCUUGGAUGGCUUUUCAAUCUCCGCAUAAAAGAUUUGCAUAUGCCACAGAAUAUCUGCUUAUAGUAAAGCUACUUUCUAGUUUAAAUGUGUAAGCAAAAAUGCAUUUUCUCUAGAAUUUUAAACCAGUUUUUAUUUUUCAGUGACUUACUGAAGUUCAUCCAGUACAAUUUACAUGUAGAAACAUAUAAAAAAUAAUUUCUAGCAAGCACUUGACAUCUAGCCCGCUUUCUACUCUUGUUUUAUCCUGAAAAAGAUUAGGAAAACCUUCCUUUAAAUUAAAAAAAAAAGAAAGACCUCUUGUAAUUAAGCAGCGGAACACGGAUGCUGAGAAACAUGAAUGACAGCAGUUGCAGAGGAAUGAGAGACACAGCAGACCUAAGAGGUUUUCCAGCCGUCCGGGUUCUCGUUCCUCCGGUUCCCCAGCCACGUUCCUCUCCACCACGUGUGCCUUUCCAGUGUGUAGCUGCACCUUCUUAAACCCUUUCCCCGUCCUUUUAAAUACUUUCCCGAGGUUGGCGUACAGUCUUUUCCCUUGUGGGCUGUUCAGGAACUGCGACUUUCUGUUCACCAUUCCUUUCUGCCGCCUGAUGCCCAGUGUCCCCGUAGCUGACGUCUUCGCCCUGUGCGGUCCCCUUCCACGCCAGUACAGUCGGGGGACGUGUACACAGUGCCUGUGUAUCUCGAGUAGCUCUCGUGCCAUUGAGAUUGCCAGGCACACAUGGAGUCUUGUCGUCUUGUUCAUACUUUGGGGAACAGUUCGUUUAUUAAAUGUUUCUUGUAACGGUACCUGGUUCACCAAGCUGGAAAGUUGGAGCUUUUUAAUUCUAGUUUUCUUUACCUGGAUAGCAGACUAUUUUUUUCAUACAACGUAUGCAGUAGCUCACGACUGGAGUUAGUUUCGUUUUAUAGUAUCUGUACUCCUUGUAUUUUUCAAGCGCUCUUUUGCAAACAGAUGAUGUAUUUCUCCAUUAAAAACACAAUAAAAAUAAACAAGAAGCAAGCAGAGGGCUUUAAAUCU